CCGCGGUUUGCUUCAGACGUACAGUAUCAAGUCGCUCUUCGAGUCGUGUGUGCCGAAAAAAUUGCAUGAAGCAAUUGUAGAAAAAAAAAUUAUAAAUUGAACAUAUUUUUCAUUGCAUGUAACAUAAAGUUUUUUUUUUGGACCGUUGAUUGGAUUCAUUGCGUAAGACGACAGCACCAUGACAGAAAGCGGAAUUAGAGAAUUCUUCAAAGGGAAGACUAUCUUCAUCACUGGUGGUAGUGGAUUUAUGGGAAAAGUGUUGCUGGAGAAGCUCCUUUACUCAUGCUCAGAUUUGAAAGAAAUUUUCCUCCUGAUGCGUCCAAAGCGUGGUAAAACUGGCGAACAAAGAGUUCAAGAAUUCGCUCAGAUUCCGGUUUUUCAUCGAAUCGUCAAGGAGAUGCCUGACCAAUUUAAGAAGAUUACUCCAGUUUAUGGCGACAUCGUUAGUGAUCGUCUUGGACUUAGUGAUGAAGAAUAUAAACGAGUAGUCAGCACAACAAAUGUUGUCUUUCAUUUGGCUGCUUCAUUGAAAUUAGAAGCAACUUUGAAGCCAAAUGUUGAGAUGAACUUAACUGGUACCUGGAAUGUUCUUGAAAUGUGUAAAGAAAUGAAGGAUCUUCUUGCUGUUCUCCAUUUAUCAACGGCUUUCUGUAAUUGUGACCAAAAUGUUUUAUACGAAGAAGUUUACGAAUGGGAGCAAAAGCCACUUGACUUGGUAAGAUGCUCAAAAUGGAUGAGUGAGGAAGCUAUGAGUGAAAUGGGUAAUAUUCUGAUGAAGCCACAUCCAAAUACGUACACUUAUACCAAAAGAAUGGCUGAAAUUCUUGUCAGAGACAUUUAUAAUGAAGGACUUUUGAAUGUCUGCAUUAUUCGUCCAUCGAUUGUUACACCAGCAUGGAAGGAACCACUUGAAGGAUGGGUUGAUUCAUUGAAUGGACCAAUCGGUAUCAUGAUUGCGGGUGGAAAGGGAGUUUUGCGUUCAAUGAUGUGUGAAUCUGAAUAUACAGCUGAAGUUAUUCCAGUUGAUAUGGCAAUCAGUGGUAUUAUUGGUGUUGCUUACAUUAUGGGUACAAUGAAGGAACGACCAAGCAAAAUUCCAGUCUACAAUGUUACAUGCAGUGAAAAGAAACGUGUGACUUGGGGAACAGUCUUAAAUGACGGAAAGAGACUUACUUAUGAAUAUCCAUUUGAUGCUGGUCUUUGGUAUCCAAAUGGAGAUGCCACAAUGAAUCCAAUCAAACAUUAUUUAACACUUUUCUUCUGCCAAUGGAUUCCAGCAGUUCUUAUUGAUUUCUUGAUGCUCAUUUUCUGUCAGAGAAGAUUUAUGAUUCGUGUACAGAAGAAGAUUUACAUUGGGCUUGGUGUCUUGCAGUUUUUCACAACACGUAUCUGGGACUUUAGGUCUGAUAAUUAUAAGAAGAUAUACCAUACAUUAUCGCCUGAGGAACGAGUCAUUUUUAACACAAACACAGAAGAGGUUGAUCAAGAUGAGUAUUUGAAGAACAUCAUUAUUGGUGGUCGUCAGUAUUGUCUUAAAGAAUCUUUAGAUAAUUUACCAAGAGCAAGAUUGCACUUGAAAAUCCAAUAUGCUGUAGACAUCAUUUUCAAAAUGUUUAUGCUAUACUACUUUGGAAAAUGGUUCCUCAACCUUACAGGUCUUUCAAAUGUAAUCAAUAACCUCAUGAACUCACAAUCAACUGAUUCAACGUAAAUUCAUUAGUAAUUUGGAUAUACACCAUUUUAUGAUUUGAUAUGUUACCAUUAAGAGGGUCAUUACCUCCUUUAUAUUCAAAAUUUAUUAUUGUGAUGGCUGAAGGGCAAAAUUUUUACUUGUAUUUUAAUCGAAUUUAAUAAAGAUUUUAUAUUUUUUGCUGAAUUAUUUUAGUGGAA